CGUUCCUAUCUUACGUCCGUGAUGGCGGCUGUGCCUGAUAUGUCGCACCUCACCCCCGAGGAGAGGAGCACCAUCGAGGAGGUUAUGAUCAGGCAGAAGCAAGAGGAGGAGAAGGAAAAUGAGAUUAUGAGAGCGAAGCAGGACGAGGUGGAGCUCCUCGAAGGAAGGGUACGAGCCUGCUUGGAGAAACACAAGAAGGCGGGAGUGGAGUUGCACGCCACGUGUCAGAUAUGCCUGAAAACCAAGUUCGCCGACGGCGUCGGGCACAUCUGCAACUACUGCACCAUCCGGUGCUGCGCACGCUGCGGCGGAAAGGUCACUCUACGGUCGAACAAGGUAAUAUGGGUGUGCAUCCUCUGUCGCAAGAAGCAAGAGCUGCUGUCGAAGACCGGACAAUGGAUAACGAAGGCGGGCGGCCUGGGCGCCGGGGAGAACGCGAUGCUGCGACGGAUGCAGGACAUGCAGGUGGGUGGUCCUCCGGGACUCGUGGACCAAACUCAGGAUAAAAGACCGAAACUCGAGAGAGCGCACAGCGCGGCCGAAAAGGAGAAUUUGCCAUUGUUACUAAGGAGCGGAAGUCUGCUCAGAAGACAGUACUCUCAGCAAGAGCAAGGCCCAGGGCGUCGACUGUCGACGAGCGAUAACGGAGUGGACAUGUCCGUUUCGCCUCACUCGAGAAGCCUGCCGACGCCUCACGUAGCCUCGGCUCAUCAGAUGCAGCAACCGCCCAGGCAUCCGGGCGCGUACGCGGAGGAUGACCCGAAUCUGUACAGGGGCGAGAUCGACGGUCUCAUGAAAAAGCAGAACUACCAGAGGCAACGGCCGAUCUACCCGGAUCAGUACGCAGACCUCGUGAUGACAUAUGGUCCGCCAACGGUAGAAGCAGGCCCACCGCGAAGCUCGGUGCAUCCACCUCAGCAAUAUUCGGUGCAUCAAACGCAAAGUGCUCACCCCUCGCAACCAGUGGGUGGCCAGGCUGGUCUCCAGCCACAGAGGAGCUUCAGCAGCAGCGAGGAAGAACGAAUCACGCCCGUGCCUGACGAGUCCGAGAAGGGGAAGGGGUACUACCACCAUACGCCCGGUCCAAUGUCAAUGUCCGACGGUGGACGUAGGUACAACGGACCCCACAACGGGCACCACAACAUGGCCGCGAUGACCAUCGAAUAUAAUGGUCAUCAUCCACCGCGAGAGCCGCGAAAAGAGGAGAGCACUCUCGUCAGACGGAGCUUCCGAAGGAGCGGCGACGAAUGGCGCGCCGACAGUAGGAGGUUCACGGAGAGGAGGGGGAAAAAGACAGUGCGAUUUGACGGUGGGACCAAUGUCGGCGGCCCUCAGGAGGAUUGGUCUUGGGAGGCCGAUCGGCAGGGUAGCCAAGACAGCGCGACCAAAGACUCUGGAAUAGACACCUCUAGCACGUUCACGAGCAGUGAGGACAGCAACAGGGGCGACUUGCCCAAGCAUCCGAUACCCUGGCAAGAGAGCAGAGACGGCCAGAAGAUCAUUGGCCGCAUGGUGUUGCAAAAGCAACUUAUCCCUGAGCCAGGAGUACCAGGCUCCGACAGCAGUAGUAGGAUACUCGGGCUGAAGGUGGUCGGUGGUCUGAUGAUGGAGGACGGCCUUAAGCGCGCCUUCAUCCAAAAAGUCAAGAGCGGUAGCACGGCUGACAUCGAAGGUCAACUGAGACCCGGUGACGAGGUGAUCAUGUGGAAUGGCAGGUGCCUGCAGGGCAAGAACAGUCGCGAAGUUUCCGCCCUGAUCGCCGAGUCGAGGCAGGACCAUCAAGUGGAGUUGGUCGUCUCGAGGAAUUUGUCGUCGAUGACGGAACCAAUGAUGUUACCUACGUCCGCGACGUCUAUGCCGCCGAGGAAGUUCGUCGUGCAGAGCCAAUGGAAGCAGAAACACGCGAAGACGAUAUCUGGAUCUGUUCUCAGGACCCAUCUAGCCUUUGCACUUGAACGAUCACUUGCAGAGUUAUACGACGCGAGGCGCGAGAAACCUUCGGUUUUAGUGACCGCGCCAGGCUCGCCAGAUCUGCCCGGUCAGGGAACAGGCAGACACAUGCAGCACCUAUCCUGUAACGCGAACGUCGGAGGUAAUCUCCAGGUGAAGCUGAGCUUCGAUCCUGUGGCGCUCAAGCUGAUCGUCACGUUGAUCUGCGCGGCUGGGCUCACGCCCAGGAGCAACGGCCAACCCAGAAAUCCCUACGCCAAGAUCUUCCUGCUUCCGGACAGGAGCGAGAAGUCGAAGAGGCGUACGAAAACUCUGGCGAACACCAACGAUCCAAUGUGGAAUCAGACAUUCGUCUACGACGGGAACGAGCCAGAAUUGGGUAAACGAGCGUUGGAGAUCACCGUUUGGGACUACAGGAAGUACGACACGAACGAUUUCCUCGGCGAAGCUGUUCUGGAGUUAGCGACAGUACAUCUAGACGAAGAACCGGAGUGGCAUCCGUUGACUGGACACGGGGAACAUCUAAAUUUCGCGUUGCACAGAUACUAUCAGGAGCCCGAUGACAUGGCGAUAAUACCGGUGGACUGCCAUCUCAGUCCACCGUCGACGACGUCGCGGCAGAGCGACUCUGACCCUUCCGAAUGCGAUAUCAUGGACUGCGACGUCUCCAGGGAGGAAAGGAGAACAGCUGACGGUGCCAGUAUAAGCAGUAUCGGCAGUUCCUCCAGCCCUCCGCCGGAAAGGGAGCUCUGCAUGGACGGGGAACACAGAAGCAGGAGGGACAUGCCGUCCCAGGGCCGUAAACGUGCCGCCCUCAUGAUACGGGAUCUGCCUUCGUCUAUUUCCGGUUACCAGACCUACCGCAAGGACGAUAUUCAUCGAGGAAUGAUGAGCCACAGGUCGCACAGUGCUGCACCGAUGGACUCUCCUAGCUUCCGGUACCGUCGCAGGUCUCAAAGUCCCACCGGUCAUCGAUCUCUGUCUCCGCCGGAACAUAGAUCCAUGCCCUAUUCGGAUGGCUAUGUGCAUACUUGCAGAUUUAGUUCGAGGUCAGCGACGGCCACACCUACAGGAAGCCCGAAGAAGAGACAGUUACCUCUGAUCCCGGUAGCAAUGAAAGAUAGGGUUGUGCUGGAUCACGAGGAACGAGCGAGAUUUAUGAGACACCGCAGUAGACAAAUGCACACGACGUAUAGAAGUACGGGCACGGGAGGUUGGGAGAAACACAACAGUGGUCUGUCGGAUUCGGAUCUACCUUCGAUAUCGAACGCUUAUCAAAUGCACAGAACUCGAAGUCCUGACAAAGAUGUACUUGGUGAUCCUGGUGACUCCGAUAUGGAGAGUGUAGGCUCCGUGACGAGCAGUGCCUUCAGUACGCAAUCGGAACGACCACGAGUCUCCAGAGGACUAAUACCGACAGUUAAAAACGUUUUAAUACCCGGUGUCAUAUCCCCUAUGCCCCUGCCCCCUAGGCGCAAUAGGCGCAGGCACAGACUUAGGGUACCCUGCAGCGAAUGUCACUGUCCGAACAACAAUCCCACCAAGCCCAGGAGCAACAACCCCAGCAAGCACAAUCCCACCCCGCAUCCCCUCGUACGGAGCAAGUCCGCAGUGGUGCGCUCGUUGUACAGAAAGAUGCGUACGCCGUUCACGAGGUCGCAGACCGUCGACGAGAACAUGCUGAGAUAUUACAGCCCGGAGACCAGCGAGUACAGCGUCUCCGAGGGUUACAUGCUGAAGCCGGAGGAGCUAACCGGUAGCUCCAAGAAACGUAUACCAGAGAUAUACGUGGAGGAUUGCCUUCAUGUCGACUUCAACGAUCGUCUCAUCGAGAAGUUUCGCGACAGGUACAGAUCACCGUACCUACUGGACUCCGGUGCACGUAGACGUUCGAAUCUAGAUGUUAGCUUACGACCGCGUAGAUCUUUUUUAUUCUCGAAGGCUAGGAGCUUCGACUACGACGUGCUGCACGACAACUACUCGGAUCGGUUCGGUUUCGGUAUAGGAAACGGGCUGUUAUCGCGGCGUGCAAAGAGCUUCGAGUACGACAACAUAUCCAGCAACAUAUUCAGCGACGACAGCCUCAGAACUGCCCGUAGGAAAUUGAAGAAGAACCUGGCUAUAAACGACGCUGGUUACGGCGACAAGAUACCGGCGUUAGGUGAUCAAAGUAAAUCGUACUUCGACUCGAACGGAGACGACAAGGUGCCUAAGAUUCUGCUCGACAGGGAGAAGAAUUACGACUACAUGCUGAAGCAGGAUCAUAAACCGUUUUACGGGUAUGAUUCUGAGUUCAGCUGUGGCGAAACGGAGAUUUACAUGCCUCGUUUCGACAAACAGACGAUAGAUUUGGAUUUGAGCAAGGGUUAUCACUCGUACGAGUUGUCCGAGGAGAAUUCUUUUAGCAGUGACGAUCAGAUCGGCCUUAGGAACGUUCUAGGUCGCGAAGAUCCGACAAAGAGGAAGUACAGAGACUCCGCGUUUCAGGAUCACGAUUCUGCGUUUGGUAGAGACAUAUCGGAGAAACGAACCAAGAAUCUCGACGGAGAUAUCUGCGAUCCGACUAACGAGCACAUCUACUGCAGCAUCGACGAGGCGCUGUCGUCUGCGGAGAAUUACGGUCGGGAUAGAGACAUCACGCGUUCCCCGAUUCACACGGUUUCCGAUUUAGAGCAGUACGAUAAUCGUAGGACCAGCGGUCGUUCUCGUAGACGAACGAAAAGUAGCGAAUCGUAUCUGGAGAAUGGGUGCGAUGGUUACGAUUGGGACAUCGAGUACGACGAAGGAUUCAUCGAUCGAGGAACCGACUACGAUCAGAGAUUGUACGAUUACGAGGACGAGAGACUUUACUACGACAGAAGAGAGGACAUCGGUCGAGGUAGUAGACGAAAGAAGAGAACGUCGCAGUAUGUGGACAGUGAGUAUAUAGACGAUUAUCAGUAUCAGGACAACACGAUGCCUCGUAGAAGACGUAGGAGAAGUAGAAGAGGUAGUAGAGAGGCUAGCACAGGUAUAUACGAGAACGUUCAACCUUACAGAGACGGCUUGUCCAGCGUGAAAGACACGUUGGCCGUGCCGACCUUCUCCGAGAGCAAACGAAUGAUGCUACAACGAGCAGAAUCGACACCUAUCCUACGUUCCGACGAAGAACUGAGUUCUUCGGAGAGAGCGGAGAGAGCUAGACGAUUGUAUCGUCGUAAAAGAAACACCAGCUGUCCAGAGGCUAGGGAACUCCGUUACUACGAUCCACCGAGAAGAAAAGAUCACGAAGAAAGGAGCACGAACUUUAUCCUGGACUCCGACGAGGAUUUCGGUUCGAUGGAGACGGUCGUGUGCGCGGAUUGUUUCCGUCAGAAGAACGAGACGGUCGUUGGCGAGGGUACUAGAACAGGUUACUACGACGUCGAACCGAUUCGCGACGGUUACGUAGACUCUAGAUACGACUACGAGAACGUACCGGCUCGCGACUAUCCGGAUUCGUGCGAGUUAGCUAGGUCGGGAUCGCUGAGAUCGCAGUACCGCGGUAGGCGUAAAAGUAGCUGUCCAGAGUGUCGUGAGCUGGCUAUGUCGACGGAAUUAGGUAGGUCUGGUUCGUUGUCGCGUAAAAGUGACGAGAGGAGGCCGUCUUUAGAAUCGAGGCAUAGGUACCGUAGACGAAACAGCAGUUGCCCAGAAGCUAGGGAUCUCGAGCUGCUCGAGAAGAGGCAGCAACAACAGUGCCAGCAACAAGCCCAGCCACACCAACAACAACAACAGGGUAGUAAGAGGAACGUAGCGAUCAGCGACACCCUCGAGUACUACGAGUACUCGAUGGAGAGCGAGAGCCAGUGCAGCGAGAACUGCGGAUUUGGCCCGUGCGAUCCGCGUAGGCCCCGUAACCGAGCACCCCACCCCGGUAACGCUAAUUCAAGUCUCUUUGAUUCCCAAACCGCUACCUCCGACACUGCUAAAAACUACCACCCACGGGCCGUCGAUCACCACGAUACCUCACGAAACACGAAACCGUCGCCGCGCGACAACCUCAACGAUACCGGCGUGGCAACGUCCUCCUCCCCGACGUCGUCCGUGCGACGGCGUUCCCGGAAAAAAACCGCCGCCGAUGACACCGCCGCCGGCGUCGACGAUACGCGGGAUCGCCGAUCCUCCUCCAUGCCCGAAAGCAGCGAGUACACCGGUCAGUCGAGCUCGUACGAAAAGACGUCCAGGAGCCAGCAGGGCGAUAACGAGCACGACGACCACGGGAAACGUCAGUUCACCAGGAGCCUGAGUAACACUGACGCGCCGCAGGACGAGCAAGUUGAUGGUGAUUUGAGCGAUACGGCGAUGGGUUUGAACGUGGAGGAAUCGACGAGAAGGGCUCGCAAGAGCUCGCCAGGGAGUAAAAGUGGAAGCGGAAGUAGCAGCGGCGGUGGUAGCGCGGUGCAGUAUCAAUCGUCUGGCCUCGGGAAGAAGAGUAACAGCACCAGCCAGCUGUCCGCCACAGAGUGCGGUGGUAUCGGCGGGAUCUUCGUCAAAGGCGGUGUCGCGGAGGUACGCGCCGGUUUAUCGUUGCGGAAACGGAACAGCACGCCGAGCAGCAUACAACGUUCCGAGGAGAUCGUACCCUAUCAACGCUUUGAAUCCGGAAAACAGUCUGGAUCGGUGGCCAGUGACACAGCCGGAAGUCUCAACUCGAUCUCGAGUUCCGAAGGAAGAUCUUGGUCUCCAAGUCUACGAAUAACAGGAGAAACCGGCCCACUGAAAAACUUCAUCGAAGAUCUUGGGCCUGGACAAGUUGUCGGGAGGCAAGCUCUUGGUGCUCGAUGCCUAGGCGCGAUUCAGCUCUCGCUCACGCAAAAGAAGGGCUACCUCGAAGUGGAGGUUAUACGUGCCAGAGACCUUAAGCCAAAGCAAGGCAGUAAAGUGAUUCCAUCUUCCUACGUGAAAGUGUAUCUGGUGAACGGAAAGAAGUGCAUCGCGAAAGCGAAAACGACGACAGCCAGGAAAACGUUGGACCCGUUCUACCAACAAUCGCUGUCCUUCAGAGAAAAUUGCCGGGGUUGUAUACUGCAGGUGACAGUGUGGGGUGAUUACGGCCAAAUUGGGACGAAAAAAGUGUUCAUGGGCAUUGCGCAGAUCGUGUUGGACGAACUGGACGCCAAUGACCUGGUGUUCGGGUGGUACAAGCUGUUUGGCAACAUAUCCCUGUGAAAGCAACGCAGAGAUACUCGAUACGAGACCGAUACGAAUUUCAACGUGGUGUGCUGUGCGAAAGGAGUGGAGAACGGUGAUACGAUGUUCGAUGUGGAAGUGAAACGAAUAACCAGUGCAGUGGUGAUAUUGUUCGUAAAUGGAGAAGUGACGCGCGAAUACUGUGAACGAAUUAACGCAAUUUUAAUUUUACCAAUAUACAUAUAUAUACAUAUAGCAUACUCGCGUGUCGUGUUCGCCCGCGAUAAACAAUUUCCAAGCAUAUUUGUACAUAACAUUAGGACGAUAUUUUAAGUGGUAAACGCGAAGUGACGAUUUUCUAAACGAAACCAAAAACAAAAAAAAAAAAAAGUAAGAGAGACAGAAGAAUUCGCACCAAAAGAAAUAAAAAGAAAAAAAAUACAAAACGAACCUAACCAAAUGAACAUAAUGCGAGAGAGAGAGAGAGAGAGAGAGAGAGAGAAAGGAGGAACUUCGAACUCGUUCUCGAUAGAAAGAGAGGGAAAAAAGUUUUUAGCCGAGAAAAAAUAUCAUCGUCAGAGCGUAAAAAUUUAUUGUAAAUACUAUUAACGAUAAUAAUAUAUAUAUGAAUUCGCGAUACGUAUGC